AUGCGUCUCUCAUGGGGACUUGUCCUGGGUCUGGCUUUCGGCGCCGGCGCGAGUCGACUUGCUCCUCGCCAGAAUGAUGCGACUCCCACCGGGUCACCUCGGCCGCCGCCCACCGCAACCUCAACAAGCGGCGAUAAUGAAACUUCCAGCACCUCUUCCUCUUCCUCGUCCUCGUCGAAGGAGAGCAGUGACAGCACUGUCUUCGUGACUACUACCGUUACCAGUAGCGGCGCUGGUAGCAUUGUCAGCGAGACAACCACUGUCACUUCUAGUUCGGUCGCAACGGUUACCGUCACGACGACAGACAUUCCCACCACCACCAUCACUAUGAGCGAUGGUGAUACCUCGACCAAGACGGUCUUUGUCACAUCUACGCAGACCGUCAACCUGAAGCGCAGUGUUGAUGGCGUUUUGCGGCACAUUGGCGAGGGACCUGCUCUUGUUGACGCCCAACCCACCACCGCUCCCUCUGGCUCUGCCACACAGGCCGCAUACCUUGGAGCUGAGAGAAUCCGCCUGGGGAAGCGGGCUGUUGUCACCUCUACUGUUACCGUGACCGUCGGUGGUGGAGGUGGUGCUACUACAACCGUGGUGCAGACCGUCACCAAGAAUGUGAGGUCGACCACGACCAGCCUCGUUCAUGUGACAUCAUGGAUUACCGAGACGUACCAAGCCAACGCCAAGACGACCGUCACAAUCACCAGCACCAUUGUCACCAAACUUACUCUUGUCUCUACUGGCAUGGCAACGUCAACUUCUAUCCCCACGGGCAGCCCCAACCCUGCAAAUUCCAACAGCGAUAGUGAUGGCAGCGGACUCCCCACAGCUGCCAAGGCCGGGAUUGGUGUCGGGGCUGGUGUUGCUGGCCUAGCCAUCGUUGGCGCUCUUCUUUGGUUCUGCACCAGACGUCGCCGCGGCCCCAAGCCUGAUCCCGACGAUUUGCUAGGACCUUCCUCUGAGGUGCCCGUUGGCGCUGGCGGCUCACGCCCCAUGUCUCAAAGAUUAACGUCCGCCCCGGGUUCCGCCCCUCACCGGAGUCCAAUCCUACCAAACGUCCAGCCCGAGGGUUAUCGCGGAACAGCCAUGGGAGACGGCCGUGCCGGAUAUGCCAAGCCUGAACCGUACGGCGCGGCAUAUGCCCCUGCCCGGUCCGCCACCAACAGCUCGUAUCCUUCUCGAAACGGCAACCUGUCUCCUGGCGACCAACUGCCGCGGCAUCCUACCCCUGAUACAACAACCGCGGCCUCUGUAAGCCCCCUCUCGGCCAGGGCGCAAAACGCUGAGCUGAGCAACGAUGGGCCUGGUGCGAGAUGGCACACGAGCGAGGCUGCCGAGAUGGCCACGGGCAAUGCGGCGGCCGGCAAGUGGCACAGCGACAGCGCCCAUGAGAUCGACAGCCAUCCCGUCAUGGGCCAUCAGAGCGGGCCAGUGUAUGAGAUGCCUACCGAACACUUCAAAUAG